AUGAACGGCUUCAACAACUGCAUUUUCGCUUAUGGUCAGACUGGCGGCAAGUCCUACAGCGUGCUUGGCGGCAAGGGGGAAGAGCGGGGCCUGCUGCCCCGCGUAGUUGAGGGGUUGUUCGACCACUUCGAGAAGCUUCCUGAGGGCGCCACAUACAAAACUUUGGUUGCGUUCAUGGAAAUCUACAAUGAACAGAUUCGAGACCUGCUGGCGCCAGCCACAGACAGCGAAACCAAGAAGCUGGAAGUGAAGCAGCACCCGGUUCUUGGAACCAUUGUGCCAGGCUUGACGGAGGCGGCGGUGGCAUCCUGCGAGGAGGUGCUCAACCUGGUGGACUACGGCACGCAGAUGAGGCAUGUUUCCGCAACGGCCAUGAACGCGACAAGCAGUAGAAGCCACUGCAUCUUCACUUUCAAGACGUCGCUGACGGAGCCAGAUCAGCCGUCCAAGGUUUCACAGACCCACUUGGUGGAUUUGGCGGGCUCAGAGAGAGCCGGCCGAACGAAGGCCACGGGCGACAGGCUGAAAGAAGGAGCUGCCAUCAAUCAGAGCUUGUCAACUCUUGCAAGGGUCAUCUCCGAGCUCGCCAAGUCCUCCAAAACAAAGAAGAAGGCCAACCCUCCCUUUAGGGAGUCGAAGCUGACCUACAUUCUCAAGGAGUCCCUCUGCGGGAAUUCCAAGACGGUCAUGAUGGCGGCCAUCUCUCCAAACUUUCUGGACUUUGACGAGACGUUGUCGACUUUGAAGUUUGCGCAAUCGGUGAAGCAGGUGCAAACGAAGGCCGUGCAAAAUGCGGUGAACAUGUCCAGCGUGGAGGCGCAACUUCGGGCCGAGCUGAAUGCUCUGAAGUCACAGCUGAAGAUGUACGAGGACGGAUCACCCAAUUCAUCUGCAAAUGUCUCCUCAGAAGAGCUGGUCUUCUUGAAGAGGCGCAUGGAGGAGCAGGAGCAGCUUUGCGCCUACUAUGGCAAGGACUGGGACAGCCUCCUCGCAGAAGAGCGGCAGCGAAUGGACACGCGGAGGACGUCUCUGCAUCCCUCCAAGCUGGGACCUCUCUCCAAGAAGUCGCUCUCAGACAAGCGGCAGGACCGCAGCUCUGACGAGGACGAUGACAUGGACGACGAGGAUGAGGAGUCCUUCACGUGUUCCCUGCUGGAGUUGGGGAGGCCGAUUGACGAGGUGCCACCAGAAGGGAGAUCUUCUUUGAGGGCACCGAUUCGGAGCUCCUUGGCAGUGGUUGGGCCGAUGGCGCGCAGCCUCAUGGCCCAGGGAGGUGCGCGGCCACGCGCGGAGGGCGUCAGCAGGCGGCUGCUUGAGCUCUCGCGCCUUGCCACGGAGACUGAAGAGCUCCUCAACAGCGGGUCAACCGGAGGAAAAAUGUCUCUCCACGUUCUUGUCGUGGUCGACCCGCUUGACGAGGCAACGCUCGAGGCCGGCUUGGUGGUACAAGCAGCCUCCUCGUCGUCGCUCCCGUCAUCCUGGGCAUGGCCGCGACACGAGCCUUCCGAGGAGAAGGCUGAGGCGACUGGAGGAAGCAGAGUUGAUUGGUGUUCUGGGACUGAGCUGCAGAAGCGCCUGAGCUGGCUGAAGUCCAACAUGUCAGGGUCCACGAAAAGCGCAGAAGAGAUGUGGCUUGCGGCGGCGCGAGCUACUUCUGGAAGUGCCAUAGAAACUCUCCAGCAAGAAAAUGCGGAGAUGGCGGCCAAAAUUGCCGAGUUGGAGUCGAGGCUGAAAGAUGCGGAAGCUUCGCGGCAUGGUGAGAAGGAGGCCGAGCCAAAACUUCGCAGUCAGAAGGCGAGGGAUGCGGUCAAAGCUAUCGCAGCCAGCUUCGAGACUGCCCUUGGAGCGAUCGAUUCGGCCCAGUUGACCUUACAGAAAGUGAACAGUGCUAGUGCUUGA